UAUUAAUUAUAUGCAACGAUCGCAUACUAUUUCACCAAUAAUUCAAUAAUAAUGACAUUUGCAAAGACCAGGUCGAUAUCAGUGCGUGAGUUGAGCCCUCGCGCAAAGAUCACGCAGUGAAGCAUUAGGACCCAGAGCACACCCGCCCUCCAAACUCCAAAGCAUAUAUAAGUGCACUCAGAAAAGUACUUGACAGAUGUGAAGCUCACACGCUGAGGGUGUAAGUGUCAUUUUAAAGGAGAUCUCGUGUGGUGUUUCAGCCUUUACACUCAAGUCCAUUUUACGGCCGAGUACACAGCCACGACAGGCUGCGCGCUCGCCUGUCCCGAGAACUUGGAGCCAGUGCGGCUUUCUCUGGUACUGCGAACAAGCUGGAUUCCCGUAGCUCUUCACCAUGUCUGGCGGGUUUUAGAUACUCCAUGGAGCAAGCAAACCUCUACGAGGUCGCCCCACGGCCACUGAUGACCAGCCUUGUACAGAGUCAGCACAACGCUUAUACCUACAAAGACACAGCUGGAGACCUGAGCGAGAUCUGCGAGAACGAGAAUUCCAUCGACAUCAGCGCCUACAUCGACCCUUCUGCCUUCAACGACGAGUUCCUGGCUGACUUAUUCCACAACAGCUCCAAGCAAGAAAAGCUCAAGCUGGCGAGCGGAGACUACGAGUACCCCCACGGUGCCAAUGGCACACCGGGCCCCCCGCAGAUGUACGGCUGCCUGAACGGCUACAUGGAUUCCUCCAAACUAGAGCCCAUCUACGACAGCCAGGCGCGAAUGAGACCCGUGGCCAUCAAACAAGAGCCCCGGGAGGAAGAUGAGCUCGGCCACUCGAUGCCCCCUACAUACCACCACUCUCAACACCACGCGCCGCAUCUGUCGUACCUGCAGCAUCAGAUCGCGCACUGCGCGCAAACCACCAUGCACCUCCAGCCGGGUCAUCCCACACCUCCCCCGACGCCCGUACCCAGUCCCCAUCACCAACACAGCCACCUGCCUGGGGGCUCCAUGAAGAUGGGCGAUCGAGGGAAAUCCAAGAAACAGGUCGACAAGAACAGCACCGAGUAUCGGAUGAGGAGGGAGCGCAACAACAUAGCCGUGCGCAAGAGCCGGGACAAGGCGAAAAUGCGCAAUGUGGAGACGCAACAAAAAGUGAUCGAGUUGUCGUCGGAUAACGAUAGACUGCGCAAGAGGGUAGAGCACCUCACGCGAGAACUGGAGACGUUACGGGGCAUCUUCAGGCAGCUUCCCGACGGCUCGUUUGUCAAAGCCAUGGGCAGCUGCGCCUAACGAAGCGAGCUGGACUUUUGAAGUAACUUUUGCGUGAUUUUUACGUCUGCUGGAUAAACGCUGACACAUUCUCAAAGUGUUUCUAUAGGAGCCAGGCAGCUGCGGUAUACACGUGCCUUUUGUACAAAAACAAACGAUAAGCUCAUCUCUUCACACAUUUGGACUUGGCUUGUUGUAGGUGUAGUCCUGUUAAGAAUGUGUGUGUGUUAGCUACGCGAAACAUUAUCGGUGCAGCUAAUGGGCAUGAUUUCACCCUGUCAAUCUACUUUUCAUGUUAAGUUACCAGCUUUCGUACUCCCUGCCCACUUUGGGUUACAUACGAACCUGAACUACACUUUGUAGCGACAAAAAACUUUCCUGCCAUGGCAGGCGGUAUUCCCAGCACACCUGUUGCUGCAUAACAUUCACUGUAUGAUAUUGUUGAUUUAAACUUUUUGCAGGGGGUGGGGUGGAGUUGUUUCAUGGACGGCAAUAGACAAAUGCCAAAGCAUAGGACUGGAAUUGUUUUUUUUUUUUUUUACCGUGGUAGUUUAUUUGUCAUUCAUAACGCAGACUGUAUGCACUAUGUCAUCCAAACUCGACCUGAUGAAGCGCAUUGCAUUGUGAACAUUCUGCCAUGAUUUGGGUACUGAUCUGUAAAACGCCUGUCAGUAUACGCUUUUAGAGUAAACGCUUUGUAUUUAUGCAAUAUGAUUGAUAAAAAUGUGAAAGGGUGCAUAUCUCUAUGCAAUGUCUGUUGCUGUCAUGAGAAUAAUUCCGGUGGACGAUCACCGUGCUUUCUCACUGGUUUUGCAGUGAAGUCCUGUCUUGCUCAGUAAGCGUGUGCAUUUCAUGUGAACUGUAUGUUUUUUUGUUUUUUUUUGUACAACAACACUCGAGCAGAGACCGCUUUCAGUGCCUUUUGAGUUUUCCCUGUCUUCAUCGUCAUCACUGACUGAACCUUUGGACAGAAAUAUACAGCAAGGAAAAGGAAGCACUUUUUUUUACAAACGGCAUAUUGCAGAUGUUAUACGAAUGUUUAAUAUGUUUCUGUUUUAAAAUGAACAUUAUAUAUAAAUAUAAAUAUAUAUAUAUGCCAAAAAUUAUGAAUUAAAACAAUGUCUUACUUA